AUGGCUCGACAGCGAGCAAUGGCUAGACAUAAGCUCUGCAUCUUGCUGGGCUUUCUGCUCUGGAGUUGCAACCUGUCCCUGACAAAUGUGUCUCCGGUUGGCGCCGGCAAUGAAGCAGUGUUGGCCGGCGCAAUGCCUAGAGUCUUUGCCGCCGGACGAUACAUCCAAGGUGACCUUACACCUAGACAUCAAGGCGUGGUAAAGCGGCCGAAUUUAAGCGGCAGAUGGCGGAUGGAGCGUGCAGAGAACCUCAGCGGCUUCAUGCAAGCGAUUGGCUACAAUUUCCUUUUAGCCAAGGCUGCUGGAUUUGCACGCGUCACCCAGACCAUUGAGCAAGACGAGGACCAGUUGCGCUUUGUCUUCGAAGUUAAUCCUCCGCUAUUAGCACCCAGGCGCGAAUCAGUGGUUCCUGUUGGAGCUGCAGAAGUGUCAAUGAGUGAUGAUGCUGGUCGAGAGAUGCUAUUGCUACAUCCUAGAUGGGACGGGGAGGUAUUUCGUGCUGGCCUUCGUUAUGUAGAUCCACCGCAUGAGCUCACCAUUGACCGUUAUUUGGAGGAUGGCUGCAUGGUUGAACAUGUUCGCUAUCCAGGCGCCACAACAUUUUUGGAUCUCAGCGCAACACCGCAAAGCUUUCUUUUUUCCCCAACAGCAGAAUGCUUUGGGGUCUCAGCCCACAUAGCCUUCGGGGUGCUCCGGGGCACUGCUCGAUGCCGCCUCGUUUCGCCGGUUCCGGGAACCAGGGUUCCGAGAACCGGUUCCGGGAACCAGGGUUCGGGGCAAGGUUCCGGGAACCCAGGGUUCCGGGAACCAGGGUUCGGGGCAAGGUUCCAGGAACCCAAGGUUCCGCAAACCAGACUUUCAAGCAAGGUUCUGGGAACAAUGGGUUCUGGCUACCUUUUGGGUUCCGGGACGUCAAGGUUCCGGGAAGGUUCCGGGCACACUUGGCUUUCGACAAGGUUCCGGGAACCUUACCAUGGUUUCGAGCAGCCAGAGCCUGGAUUGUGCCAAAGUUCUGGAAUCACCGGAACACCAAUUUUGAGACAUCCUGCAAACCCAGAGUUUGGGGAACCAGGAUUCUGGCAAGGUUCCAGCAACACUGGGUUCCGACAAGGUUCCGAGAACCACCACAGAUGCGGACCCACAGUUUGGAUAUACUUCCUGGAUUAUGCCACAGGUUCCGGACAGGGACAAGGUCAGAGUUCUGGCAAGGUUCCGAGGUUCCGGAAACAACCCAGGGGUCGGAUAUACGCCGUGGGUUGUACCAAGGUUCAUGCUACGGACAGGGUCCCAGAAAACCAAUUUGCAAGGAAACCAAGGUUCCAGGACCAAAAGGGCCCGGUCAACGAGCAAUCGCUGACAGGGGGGGGGACAGCGUGA